AUGUCUUCAUCCAUCGUCGACACCGUCAAGGCCCUUAGCCUCAACAGCUCAGCAAACGCCUCCAAUGGCUCCGAAAACCCAGAAUUUACCAUCCGCAACAUCUGCUGCGUUGGUGCUGGCUAUGUCGGCGGCCCUACCGCGGCGGUCCUCGCCUUCCAAAACCCUCACAUCAGAGUCACCGUUGUCGAUCGUGACCAGACCCGAAUUCGUCGCUGGAACUCGAGACACCCCCCCAUCUAUGAGCCCGGCCUGCAAGACAUUGUCCGCAUAGCCCGCGACGGCAGCCGUGAGACCUUCUUCUCCAACGAGGCCACCAGCGACGCCGACACCUUCAACUCGGACUUUGGCGAGGUCAGCGUGGCUCCCCGCCAGAGCAACCUAUUCUUUACCACAGAUGUGGCCGGCAGCAUCGCCGAGGCCGACGUUGUCCUCAUCUCGGUCAACACACCCACAAAGGAACGCGGUAUCGGUGCCGGCAGCGCUACCGACAUGACCGCCUUUGAGGCCGUCACUGCUGUCGUAGCACAAAACGCCCGCGAAGGUGCCAUUAUCGUCGAGAAGAGCACUGUUCCUUGCCGCACUGCUCAGCUCGUUGCCGAGACUAUUUCAAUGCACCGCCCCGGCGUCCAUUUUGAGAUUCUCUCCAACCCCGAAUUCCUCGCUGCUGGUACCGCCGUCAACGAUCUCCUCUACCCGGACCGUAUUCUCAUCGGUUCCGCCCCCACCCCGACUGGCAAGCUUGCCGCCGAGGCCCUCGCCAACGUCUACGGGGCCUGGGUGCCCCGCGAACGCAUCCUAACAACCAACGUCUGGUCUUCCGAGCUUGCCAAGCUCGUUGCCAACUCUAUGCUGGCCCAACGAAUCUCCAGCAUCAACUCCAUUUCUGCACUCUGUGAGCAGACUGGCGCUGAUGUUGACGAGGUAGCCCGCGCCGUUGGUGUGGACCCCCGUAUUGGCAACAAGUUCCUUGUCGCUGGUAUCGGUUUCGGUGGUAGCUGCUUCAAGAAGGAUGUUCUCAACCUCGUCUACCUCGCCGACACAAUGGGUCUCCCUGAAGUCGGCGAGUACUGGCGCCAGGUCGUCAAGAUGAACGAGUACGCACGCGACCGCUUCACCAACCGCGUUAUCAAGUGUCUGAACAACACGCUGGUCGGCAAAAAGGUCUGCAUCCUCGGUUACGCCUUCAAGAAGAACACCUCCGAUACCCGUGAAGCCCCAGCUUUGGAGAUGAUCAAGACCCUCCUCGAGGAGCGCCCGCGUGAGAUUGCCAUCUUCGACCCGUGCUGCAACCCGCUAGUCAUCAAGAACGAAAUUCGAUCCCUCCUUGGGCCUCUGGCCGAGGGCAACAACAUCUCCGUCUAUGGAAACGCGUACGACGCCUGCGACGAUGCCACAGCCGUCGUCAUUGCGACCGAAUUCGACGAGUUCCGCAAUCAGCCCGUGCCGAAGCCCACUGCUCCCUCAGCUGCGGCUGUGCCCAAGACGAUUGGUGGCAAGCCCAACCCCAAAUGCGAUCCCCGCCCCUUCAAGACCACCAUUCCUUCUGAGAAUGAUCUCCUAGCUCUUCACAAGCACCUGGCUCAGCGCGAAAACGGGCAGGGGCCCGAUCCGCUCAACCGCUUCAACACUGAGCCGUCGUGUGACAGCUCUUGUCCCGACUGCCAGCAAGAGCAGGAAAGUCAGGCGACUGGCCAUGCUACGGGCAUGGGCAAUGCCGAGGAGUACAAGUCCAAGGGGCGCCUCAACUGGGAGCGCAUCGCCGAUUCAAUGGCAAUUCCUCGCUGGGUUUUUGACGGCCGUGGUGUUAUUGACUCGCGCGAAAUGGUCAAGCUGGGCGUUCGCGUUGAGAGCGUUGGUCGUCAACACCGCUUCUAA